AUGUUCUUGGGCGAGUUUAAGAAAUGUCCUCACUGUGGAGAAGCCUCUAAAACUGUUGAUCACCUAGCUUCAAGGUGCAAAAAAAUGCUCGGUACUGAUUACACUCGGAGGCACAACGAACUACUUAAAUGCAUACAUCUCCUGCUGUGUAAUAAGUACGGUGUCAGAUCCAAUAAGAAGCUCCGAAAUCACUUAGUACAAGAAAUCGUAUCAAACAAGUACGUCGAGAUCCGAGUAGAUACUUUCGUUAAAACCGACAUCAAGAUCAAGCACAAUCGUCCAGAUCUUGUUGUUAUAGAUAAGAGAAAGAAGGAAAUCUUGAUCGUUGAAGUCGGAAUAACAUCGGCAGAGAAUCUACAGCAGGUUGAGACCGAAAAGUUGAGAAAAUGCGAUAUUCUUGCAAACGAGCUUUCACAGAUAUACAGGUACUCUGCAGUAAUUAUUCCCUAUGUACUAACGUGGGAUGGUGUGGUAACAAACUACCACGAUAUAUACAGAAGGAAGUUUGAGAUAUCCGACCGAAUUGAGGCGUAUAUCCAAUCUAUUGUCUUGAAAAAGACUCUUGAAAGCAUCUCCUUUGAAUUCAGAAGAAAUGGGAGGCUGGAGGAAUUUCCAGACGAUGAGAGAAAGGAUUGCCUAAAGCCAAAUUUGAGGAGUUCGGUGUCGGAAGACCUUAUUAUAUCUAUCUGA